AGUCCCUCCUCCCUGGUCCCCCAUUGGGUCAGUGGUUCCAGCAGCUCUGCCAGUGAGGGACAAAUGGGAAGAGCUGUUGAUUUCCCCCCCUUGGUCAUUCAGAAUUUCCCCACAUAUAUACUGAGAAAGACCCUGCCCUCUCUUCACUUUUUCUCUGGACUUGUCCCUGGGUUGAAUCUGGUCCCCUAGGUGUGGGCAGGGCCAUGGGGGACCUGUUCAUGCUCAGGGUGGCUAUGGGCAUAUGCUAUGCCACCUUCAGUGCCUCUGCCUGGUCAGUGAACAAUUUCCUGAUAACAGGUCCCAAGGCCUAUCUGACCUACACUACCAGUGUGGCCCUGGGUGCCCAGAGUGGCAUUGAAGAGUGUAAGUUCCAAUUUGCUUGGGAACGCUGGAACUGCCCUGAAAAUGCUCUCCAGCUCUCUACUCACAACAGGCUGAGAGGUGCCACCAGGGAGACUUCAUUCAUUCAUGCUAUCAGCUCUGCGGGAGUCACUCACACAAUCACCAAGAACUGUAGCAUGGGUGACUUUGAAAACUGCGGCUGUGAUGAGUCAAAAAAUGGAAAAACAGGAGGCCAUGGCUGGAUCUGGGGAGGCUGCAGUGACAAUGUGGAAUUCGGGGAAAGGAUCUCCAAACUCUUUGUGGACAGCCUGGAGAAGGGAAAGGAUGCCAGAGCCCUGAUGAAUCUUCACAACAACAGGGCAGGCAGGCUGGCAGUGAGAGCCACCAUGAAAAAGACGUGCAAAUGCCACGGCAUCUCAGGGAGCUGUAGCAUCCAGACAUGCUGGCUGCAGCUGGCUGACCUCCGGGAGAUAGGAGACUAUCUAAAGGCCAAGUAUGACCGGGCACUGAAAAUUGAGAUGGAUAAGCGGCAGCUAAGGGCUGGGAACAGUGCCGAGGGCCGCUGGGCACCCAAUGAAGCCUUCCUUCCUAGUGCGGAGGCUGAGCUGAUGUUUUUAGAGGACUCACCAGAUUACUGUAUCCGCAAUUCCAGCCUGGGUGUCCAUGGCACAGAGGGUCGCGAAUGUCUGCAGAACAGCCACAACACAUCCAGGUGGGAACAACAGAGCUGCAGGCGCCUGUGCACCGAGUGUGGCCUGCGGGUGGAAGAGAGGAGAACUGAGGCCAUCAGCAGCUGUAACUGCAAAUUCCAGUGGUGCUGUGUCGUCAAGUGUGACCAGUGUAGGCAUGUGGUGAACAAGUACUAUUGCUCACGCUCCCCAGGCAGUACUUGGUCCCGAGGCAGGGGCAGCACCCGAUAACAGUCCACACGAACUUGCUUAAGUGAAUGAUAAUGGAGGGGGACACAGCUUCUUUCUUGGAGAGAGUAGAUUGGAAAACAAUUGGAAAAUCACAGGAUUGGUCUAUGGUCCUCUUGCUAUCUGCUACACAUAGGACAAUUAAGGCUCAAGAUUAUACAACAUACUCUUGACAGAGCUGAAAUUGGAGCCUGGGCCUCCUAAUUUGGACAGACCCCAUUUCAUCUUCCUACAAGUGACUUCCCGGGCUUCGUAUCCGUACUUUUGCAGCUUCUUUGGUUUGGGAUCCAUGUCCACAUAGACCUUCAAAGUACUUUUCCCUGUUAAGUUUCAGGCCACCUCCAACCUAGCUGUGCUGCUGAGAAUCAGAGGGGAUGGAAGCAAAAAAUGAAAGAGUUCUGUCUGGACUCCUGAAGGAGCAGCC